AUGUCUCAUUCUUCUGGAAAAGGUGGCGCCACCCCCAAGCCGAAUUAUAAUAAGCACUUCCCCCGUAGUUUCAUGCUGAACUACAGGGAAGCGCUGUCCAACCUGCCGGAUGAGAAGAUCCUCUGCAGGCUAUUCGAUUGGAAUUGUGAAUGGCUGUCCAGGCCGAAUAUUCCCAUCUCUGAAAUGGCCAGCACACUUAAAGAGAACUGGACAAAUAUAAUGGCGUACCGCGGCACCGUCUUUACCGAAGAGUUCGUGGACGAUCUCUGCAACUUCGUAGAUCCAAUAGUCGACCCCCUCAGGAGAGUUGACAAUAAAGACAAAUUGGACAUGGAUCCGCCAGACGCCAAUGAUGUCCUCAAGAUACUAAAAGCCAUCAACUUUGAGCCUUGGGUUGAGGAUCUCUUCAUGGAUGCGUUUAAUGCCGUUGGGCCCGUCUUAAUGAUGUCUAUCCACAUAUUGGUCAUUAACUGCUUGAUGCAUAAUCCAGAUGUCUUUGCUGAGAGGAGCGUCAGAGCCCCAAGUACGGAGAAGUUUAAGGAAAAUCCCACCUUCAAAAAUAUGAUGAAGUAUCUGAUCGAUCAGAUACUUAUGAGACGACGUACCGUAAAACGUUCCACCAACGACUGGGAUAGUGCAGCCUACUUAGAUGACGACGAGGAGGAAGACACAGACCAGCGGCGCCCCAGCAGGUCAAAACGAAGCCUCGCCCAUCCACAUCCCAAAAGUGGACAAACAUCUAACGCUGCAGCAUCAACGUCCACAAGACGUGUUCCUCAACCCUCGACCUCCACAGACAGAGCUGACAGAGGUGCAACUUCCAGGAGACGCAGAACCUCCUUCGAUGUCAGUGGCAUAGCCGCGUUACCAAACUCUGACGAUGAAGACCAGCAACCGCCGGCCAGGCACGGCAAAAAACAGCGAUUUGUUCCCAGCCCUGUCGAAGAAGACUACUGCUCGGAGGAGAAUGAAACAUGUAUGAAACAUGCCAAGAAGAACAAAAGGCCCCUGAACAGCCCGUCAGCAGCGAAGAACCGAAGACAGGUGCUAAACCUGUACGACGACACUGAUGAGGAAGCCGACAUCUUCAUCACCCAAAGCACUCCCCCCAAGAAAAAGAAGAACAAAAGGCGCCGAUCGCCAUCGCCCAACCCGCCACCAGAGCCCAUCGCCGAAGACAAAAACGAAGAACCACAGACUGAGGACGCUGAGGCUAAGUCCAAGAAAAAACACAAGAAAAAGAAAAAGAGCAAGGACAAGACCCACGAAGCACUGGCAAGACUCAUUGCCGACCAGGACGAGGUCAACCGCCUGUUGGCCAAGGGAAACAGGAAGUAG